AUGCCACAAGCUCAUCUCGACAACCGCAACCGCGGCGAUAGCAUGGAGUCGAGCGCAUCUAUCAGCCUGAUGGACUCCAGUCAGUUCGAGUUGAUCCCUCUCGAAGUCGCGCGGCAGAGGCAGGCUAUUCGCCGUGCCAGCGGCCAAGAGGACCAGACCCUUACUGGACGCGCGCGCCUUGAUUCAAUGAGAAACCGAAGCUGCAAUACCAAUGCCAGCCAGGCUGGCUCUCAGAUUGAGACCCCAGCUUCUGCCGUGACGCCCAGCGCUCGCCAGGUAUCCCGUUUCGUUUCUCGUGGGUUUGCCCAAGCCUCUAGUCCUCUUUCAGGGCGUGACGAGAACGAUGCUAACGAAGCCCUGAUCGCUGGUGACGAUACCCGUCCGACUAUCAUCAGCACCACCACCGGAUCUGACCUGACCAUCACCACCGUCCGCCAACCGGACGGAACGCAAUACCGAAUCUUCUAUCCUGCCCCGCGUCUUUACCCCUGGGACCGACUGCACCGCCGCACUGCGGCCCAGAAGUCCACUGAUAGAUCUCUGCAACGCAUCACUGGACGAAGUCACAACAACCUUGACAACAUGGAGCGCGGUACAGUUCGUCGACGCGUUCACGGUACCGAGACCUGGCUUUCCGACAAUGCUCAGGCAAGACGACGUUCAUUCUUUCUCAUUGUUGCGCUGCUUUCACUCUUCCCUUUCGUUUCGCCUAUCGCCCUCUGCGGCGGCUUCGACAGCGCGCUGUCGUGGCAUACCCAUGGCGAGAUCGACCGUUUCAGCACAAACCAGAGACGAUGUCUGAUGGUCGAGGCGAUCAUCGCCUUUCUUUUUGUUAUUGCAAUCAUCGUCUUUGUUGUCAUCAAGUACGCGCUCCACCACUAG